AUCUGUAUUUAUCUAUUUACUCUUGUAUUUGUUCCGGUUCUAUUUGUUAAUAUUUUUAUUCAAGAAUAUUGUGCAAAAUCGGUCUUCAUUGAUUGAAGUUUUACAACUAGCAGGCAAACAAAAUCUCGUCUUUUUACAAUUUAUUCUAGAACUGUACUAUUUAACAAAUAAUAUGUUGAUGAAUUAUCAUUAUUUAAGUUCCAUCUAGAUUGAUGAUGCAGGAACAUAUUAGUUUCCAACUAUUUAUAUUUUGUCGGCCUAAUCAUCGUAAUAUUCAAUUAUUUUUAAGUCAGAUGUGUUAAAUGUAUUAAAAUUGAAUGUUAUGGCUCCUGCUAAUAACGAUCGCCAGUCAGGUCACACGGGAACCAUACCCAAGACAAAAGUGAGAAACAAUUGUAAUGUUCCACAGGAAGCUGUAACUCCCACUAGAAGAGAUAUGACUACUAAUCUAGGAACGACAUCUUUAGAUUGGGUGCCUGUAUCGGAAUAUAAUUCAAGAUCUAAUUAUAACCAAUCAAGAAAACCAUCUAACAACACUUCUGAUCACGAACUGACAGAUUUAGAUAACUCUGUAUCCUUUGAGAGUGGAUUUGGAAGAUUUGUACCAGUGAGACCCCAGCCUCGUGCUCUGCCUUUGAAUGUACAAAACCGCGAAGGUAUAGCAUCUGAACAGAAUGAUGAUGUUGCUAGUUCCUCUAUGUCAGGUCACACCUUGCAUCCAUAUGCUCAUCAAAUGCAAAAUGGUCUCAUCCCUCACACUAAUCAUGCUGCUGCUGCUGUAAUGAUUGUGAAUCCCACUACUCCUAAUGCAGUUACGGGAAAUAUGUCACAACCAUUCAAUGCACCAAAUCAAAAUAGAAAUAAUCUGUCAAGGAAUUUGAACUCUGCUCGCAAUAAUUUUGAGGGCAAUAGUCAUACAAGCAAUAAUAAUACAACCCCACCUAUUACAAACUCCAGAUCAGGAACCAAAACUGUCAAUAUUAUGAACAAUAUGUAUGACCAAGGACAAGGCAGUUUUAAUAAUCUCAAUGAGCCUAAUCAUGUUCAUAGGGAAUCAGCACGAGCUUUAGGCGAAGCUAUAGUGGCUGCAUGCCCUGAUGCAGCGGCGGUGGAACGUCGCCUUGGACAAAUUAGAGAAUACAUAAGAGUUACUUCAUCACUUGUUGAUACAAUGCGUAACUCGGAAGAUGAGGCUUUUAUUGAGCACACAAAGGAAGAAUAUGAUGAAUUAGUACAAAUGGUGAUGACUUUAAAAGAAAGUGAAACUAAAUUAGAAAAUAUGCUGUUGGAAAAAAAACCUGAUAACAUAGAAGUUCCAGCUGAAGAGAUAAUUAAUGUUGAUUCUCAAGCAGAGAUCACAAAUGUGAUUCUUGAGAAAAAAUGCGAGACUAAUGGUGAAAAAAACCAACACCAAGACAUAGUGCCUACUACUACUAAAAAUAACAAUGAUAAUUCUUUAAAUAGCAGUCACCUUAAAAAAGUUACAAACAUUGAAAAUGAACAAUUGAAUAAAACAUUACAUAGUAUAAAUAAUGUUGAUGAAACUACUAUAGAAAUAACAGAAAUUGAAACAAAUCCAAUUAGUUUAGUGAAUGAGUGUAAUAAUUUAGAAAACAUUAAUAAUAAUGAUAUAACAAAAAGUAAUGAUGAUUUAAAAAGCAAAUUUGAAAUAGAAGAGAUAGAAUCUAUUCCAUGUUCCGAGGCAGAAGCAAAUAAAGGAGAUCAACAUUUAAAAGAAGUAUUAAGAAAGAAUAUAAUUUCAUGUGUAGAAAAAGUUGCUCUUAUUGAGGAAAUGAAAAAUAAAAGUAGAGAUUGUAACAGUUCUAAUAGUAACCACGAUGUGCAGGAUAUUGUAACGAGACCUGUAUCAGUACAAAGUAAUGGGUCAAUUUAUAGUGACAAUGAACUCUGGCAAAAUGAAAUUAAAAGCAAAAUGGAAUUGUCACAAAUCCGAUUGGCUGCACUGAAACAACAACAAAAGAGACUACUUAAAUGCCAGGAAGAAGCAAAACAACAACUAGAAGAAAUGAAUAGGGAAAGACAAUCACAGGAGUUACAUCCAUCUACUUCACAUGAAAAUUUCAGCGUUCUGCAGAAUCAAAAUUUUAGUGGCAACUAUCAUCAUCCAAACCGCAUGUACGCAGCUAACCAAAUAGGUGUUGCGACGACACUACCCCACUCGGCGGAAGUACUCCACGGCCAGAUCAACAACAUAGAUGGUGAACAUGGACAUACCACUCACUCUACACACAGCCAAGAUGAAAGGUUCUCCAACCGUGAAGCAAUAGCCAGUAGUGAGGAAGCAAUGGGUGGUGGUCGCGAUAGUGAGGCGGAGGACGACGAGGGUCUGUUAAAUGAACGAAGUCGUUUACUCCAAAUGAAACUACGGGAAUUACAGAUGAAAAAGCAGCAUAUGGAAAAUUUGGUGUCGGAAUUCCAAAAGUUGCAAAUGGCGACCCGAUUAGCAAGCUCUCACAAUACAUAUUCAAGUUCUGGUGAAGACAGCGGCGAUGAUGAACCAUCUCGUAAUGUAAAAUGCAAUAAAUCUGGAAAUAAUAUUAAAAACGAAGAUCCAUUUAAAUUGAUGGAAAUAAAAGCUAUCAAAACAGCUCUUCAAAAAACUAAAGAUCUAAUGAGAUCUGUCGAAAAUUACGAAGCGGAAAAUUUAUCGAGUGCUCACGACGAUUCCUUUCAACUUGCCAAUCAUUCUAACAUACACGACAAUAAAUCCGAGGGAGGAGGCAGCAUGGGUGGUUGGUCUAAUGAUGGGAGCAUGUGCCGUGUUCGCAACUCACUGCAGCAACGGCACAAGUUCACCAACGAGCAACACUCGCAACAGCAACACCAGCAUCAACAGCAACCACAGCAAAUUUUAGGCCACGAAGCUAACAUAGCAUCACUUCAAGAAUUAGCUCAAGAGUUGAGAAUGGAAACUAAAAAAAUCAUAGGCGAGAGAGCGCGUAUCAAGGACAUGAUAUCUAAUAAAGAAGUGUCCCGCAAGCAUAAGAAAGUGAACGAAGAAGCGGUGGCGGGUCCGAGCGGCGCGAGCGGUGGGAACGUGGUAAACGGCGCAAGCGGCGGCGGCGGCGGUGCGCCGGGUCCUGCUGAGCGGCGCCAGCUGCAGCUGCGCGUGCUACUCGCCGACAAGCAACGCGAGCUGGAGGCGCUGCUCAACAAGGAGAAGGUAUUGUCAUCUGAAUGCCAGAAACUAAAGCCAGAUUCGAGGACCGCUUCAAUAGUAAAUCAGUCUUAUAAUAGUGAACAAGAAGACCCCGACUCACGAUCCGAACAGAUACUAUUAGAUUCGCAGAAUUCAAGAGAAAAUGAGAACUAUAGAGCGUGUUCACAGGGUGGCAGCGGUGAUAACGCAGUGGGUGGAAGAUCUGUGAACACAUUGCCUUCGCAUUUGGGCAGUACCUACGGCAGUGACAGUGAUAGUGCAUCGAGAAAUAAAUCCAACCAACGGAACCGUACGAGAAGAAGACAACCGCAAGACCGACAGUCUGACGAUAAUGGUACGCAGUCCAAUAAUUCAAAUCAAAACUUACGACACGAAACAAGGGCUGAAGUUUCAAACGUUAAUAUGGUGCCUCCAGUCGCUCAAAAUCUGGACAAUCCUGCAAACAUGCCAUAUCCUCACCUACCACCUCCAUGUUGGAACAGCUCGAAAUCAAAUCAGGAUAUGCGAACAAACCAAUUUACACAGAACAGCCACUCACAAACUAUGGAUCGUUUGCUUGGAACACCACAAAUGUCCUAUCCUCCAUCCAUGCCAUUCAACAUGAUGAUGCCAUAUGGUAUGGUGGGUGGUUGUGGAUGCGGUUGUGGUUUUUGGGGCGCGUGGUGCUGGCAACAGCUUGUCAUGCAGCAGCGAGAGAUUCAUCAGCUUAGAGAACAACUCAAUCAUUUGGAAGAGCGAUGGCGUGCUGAAACAGUCUCGCAUACACUUAACAAUCAAGUACCACCUGGAAACCGUGCUAACAAUUAUUGGGAUAACUUUCGAAGUUAUUCGCGUCAAAAUCUUCUGUCUGCUAAUAGCAAGACCAAUGCCGAUGGGCACUUAGCUGUAGGUCCUGCUCACAAUCCACACCCACUAGUGGAACGAUCACAUAAUACGCUGCAUCACACAUCUUCAUCCACAUCUCCGUCUAUCACACCCAAGAGAAAUACGAACACUAGCGCCUCCACGCAAAAUGCUCCCACACAGUCUCUACAAGCAAAUAACGAAGACAUCCCUAAUCGUCACGUACGUAGAAAUAUGGCAUAUGAAAGAUCUCUGUCAUUUUCGUCUGCACCAGACGUACUAAAUGUCAAUCAAAACAUUGAUGCUGACGCAAGUUCCACUCCACAAUCCAGAAAUGUUGACGAAGGUAAUAAUUCCGUCAAUGUUAAUAUAAACCGGCAGGAAUCUACAUCAAACCCAUUUAGAAGCUUGAAUAUAACAAGCCCAAUACCUGAAAUAAUCCAAGCGCAUUCCAAUAAUUUAAAUACAACAACAAAUAGCAAAAAGAAGUCUUCUUCAAAAUUACCAGCUAAAAAUUCAACAAACAGACGGAAUUAUACCUUGGAUUAUUCUCAGACAAGUAACAUUAAUAUUGCCAGCACUUCCGAAACACCAAACCCAAAUUUGGCGUCUACAAGUCGUGAAGUGCAUGACAAGGCAACGUCUAAACUCUUCGAUCUCCUCAGGGAAAAUGUAUAUUCAGAAGUUACAGCUUUAAUCGGAGUAAACGAAUCUCAUCCAGAUUUCCUAAUACAAUUGUUUAGAGAACUUCAACUCAUUAGUUCAGAUCCAUUACGACAAAAAGUUCUUCAGUCGAUCCGCAAUGUGUUGUCUCAGUAUAGUUCUAUUAUUGAUAAUCAUAGCAACGAGAACUCUCACCAUGAGACUAGACCAGAAGAAGUGACUACUACCACAGAGCCAAGUAAUUACCAUGAGUGUAACUCGAUGCCGACACAAAAUGUAUGCACAAGCACAAUGCAACUAGACAACAAGGUUGCACGCUUUUUGUUGCUUAAAAGUGAAGAAAUAUGCACGACUGAACUACUCGAAUCAUUGGCGUCGCAUAUUUUAUCUGGAGACAGUCGGUAUACGCAACAAUCAAAGAAAAGGCUCUUUGAAAUUCUUUCUAAAUACGAAGGUAUGCGUCUUUGCAACAUAUCAAGUGAUAUAUAUCAGAUUAUGGAAAACUUGCCACUGUUGUUUCCUAGUAACAAUGACGGAGAUGAACCCUCGCAGCAUUCUGGAGGCAGAUCUGAGCCUUCCAUUUUACAAGACGUAGCAGGGUCACUAAACUUGUUCAGCUCAAGUGAUACUCAAUUACACCAGAUUAAUUCUUGUCCCUAUGAUAUGUGGCCAGGUCAUGUUCAUAUGGACAUAGACGGUACAGACUUGAAUGAUAAUAGUCCCCGUUCUAGUCAAGAGGGAAAAGUGGAUCUCAUAAAUUGCUCUGAAAUGAAUAAUGGAGAUUUAGCGGAAGCGGACCAAACUUGUCACUCUGAGGUAGUAGACAAUGGUAGCAAUGGCCAAGACGAAAUGGAAGCGAAUGCAGAGGCGUUACCCGACGUAGUCGACACCGAAGAAGUAACUCCGACAGAGGCGGAAGCAGAAUGGCUCGGGCUUGACCGUGUGCCAACAAGACUGCAUAUGGAAGAAUCAUCUGAAAAACAAAAAGGUGAUAUUAGUGUUUUGAAAACAUAGAGCAAACACUCAAACCUUAAAGUUUAAUUCUAGUUUGAGUGAAGCCUGAAAGAAAAAUGUGAUUAGAUCUUCAUCAGCAUCUGUAACAGAAAAACGAAAUAAAUACGAAUUAAUUAAUUUCUUCUUUUUUCAGAUUAAGAGUUGAGAAGUUUGAUGAAAUCCUGUAACGGCUACUGAAUCUUGAUCGUUAUCUAAUAUUGUAUCCUAUUAUUGUUUAGUAAUCUUUGCCAUUGUUUCCAUAACAUAUUUUCAUUGUGUAAUAUUUAUUUAAUAUCAAUAAAUAUAAAAUAUAUAAAA